GAUCCUCUGGGUCCUUCCUGUCCCAGCCCUGCAGUUGGCCAGGUGCCCCUUAGACCUCUGCCCUCAGCAGCGUCAUUUCAGGAAACCAGGCUGGCCCCAAACAGCCUGCAUCAUCUGUGAUGGAAAACUCCCCCAUUUCGGGCCCUGAGACCUCCACCCAGGGGACAGGUGCUCCCCUCCCCAGCUCCCUAUGGAUUGGCCCUGGCAACCAGGGCUGGCCGGCUCCUGGCAGUGCACCCCAGCUUUGUGAGAGGCUAUGAAGGGCAGUCCCAGCAGGUCUCCACUGGCACCCCACUGUGCAGACCCCCUCCUGGGGAUGAGGAGGCCCCUGCAGCGAGUCCCGCCAUGGCCCUGAGCAUCUUGUCUGAGCAUUUCUGCAUUCAAAGGCCUGGCAAGGUGACGAUGGGGUGGGCCCAGGCUGGCCCUGGGGGUGAGCUCCAAGCAGGCUGUGGCCACACACCCACCUGGGCCCCUCUGACAGGUGAGAGGCUGGUGCUCCUCUGCCUGGGGAGACCCAGUACCCAGCCUAAUGGGGAGGGAGUGAUGCUGAGGCUGGGGGCAGAGGGACUCAGUGGAGGCCACCAGGCAGUCUGGGGGCAGAGCUAAGACAGGAAAUGCUGCACCUGGUCCCCUUGACCAAGCACUUGCUCCAACUCCAGGGGCUGGGAGGGGCCUCGCAGGGCCCCGCGGCUGGUCUUGCUGCACCCACCUGCCCUCCAGGCACUCUCAGCCCAAGAUAAAGUGAAAACUGGAAAUGCAGCUUCAGGUGGCGGGAAGGAGGCUGGGCUCUGCUGAGGGUCGGCCUGGUGGGUCCCUCGGAAGGGAACAGGCUGAAAGGUUCCUGUUGGGAAAGGCUCCGGCCCUCGUCCUCACAUGUCCUACCUGGGCUGAGAUGUGUGGAAGUGGGCCUGGCGCCAGCUUUCUAGCCUCUGGGCUACAGCAUGGCCCCAGCAGGGUCUUGAGGGUCUGAGACCAGUUCCGGGAGCUCAUACCACCUUAGGACCCACCGGGCCAGGGGGCGGUGCUUACCCCUCAGCUCCUGCCUGGGGCUGUUCAGUGGAAUUAGAGCUCUUUUCUAUACUGAGGACUUCUGAGGGCUAGAAAGACCUCUGGGAGCAGAAGGGGUGGGAACACACGGAGUUAACCCGCGGGAGAUUGGACUUUUAGCUAAAGCAUCCGAGAUAAACAUACAGUUAGAAACCUGGGGUGUGUCCAGGGGUCCCUUUAGCGCACAUGUAGGACAAGGACCAAGGGUCAGCUUUCUGGUGUCCUUGUGUUCUUGUGGCUUCUAUAACUGGGGGAGAAAUGGUGACCGUUUCUUGGGUUCAGAAAAAGAGAGGGGGAACCCCCCACUCUGGCUAGGGUGGGCUGAAUGGUGCGUACACAUCUGUGACCACGGCACUGUCUUGCACCCCUGAAUGCGAGAACCCCUAGAGGCUGACUCCACUGGCCGCCACUCACCCAGCCCAGCCCCCUGCCCAUGUUCAGGGGAGUGUCCCCAACCGACCUGCGGCCACCUACGCAGGCCCUUCUCGUUGUGCGUGAGCCCUGGAUCGCGCCAGGGAGACGCGGGUGACGACAGGCCCGCCGCCCCGCGGGGACUGGGGUCCCGGGAGCGCCGGCUCCGGCGCGGCCAAUCCCGCCCGGGUUUUGCGGCCGCCGCGCCCUCCUCCGCCUCCCGCCUGCCCGCGCCCUCCCUCCGCGAACGCGCUCGGAUCAGUCUUCUGGCAUUUCCUGCAGCGGGGCCGCGCCGCCAGCUGAGCCCCCGCGCUCCCGGCCCUGCGCCCCGAGCUCACCGCACGAAGCCCCCCAGCGCCCACGCCAUGAAGGAGGAAGCCUUUCUGAGGCGCCGCUUCUCACUGUGUCCACCUUCCUCUGCCCCUCAGAAAACCGACCCCCGGAGACUCACCAGGAACCUGCUCUUCGGAGGAGANCCGAGAGGGACCACAUACGUGGAGCAGGUCCACGAGGAGCUGGGGGAGCUGGGUGAGGCGUCCCAGGUGGAGACGGUGUCCGAGGAAAACAAGAGUUUGAUGUGGGUGCUGCUGAAGCAGCUGAGGCCCGGCAUGGACCUGUCCCGCGUGGUGCUGCCCACGUUCGUCCUGGAGCCUCGGUCCUUCCUCAACAAACUGUCUGACUACUAUUACCAUGCGGACCUGCUCUCCAGGGCCGCGCUGGAGGAAGACGCCUACAGACGCAUGAAGCUGGUGCUGCGGUGGUACCUGUCCGGCUUCUACAAGAAGCCCAAGGUGAGGAGAGGCCGGCUCUGGCAGCACGUCACCAGGGCCAUCAGGGAGGGUGACCAGCACAAGGCCACACAGGAGAAGUUUUCACUGGAGGAGGCACAGCGGCAGCGGAACCGUGAGCGCCAGCAGAACCUCGCACCCUGGACACCCCAGCUAUUCCACCUGGACCCCGCCACCCAGGAGUGGCGCUACCGAUACGAGAACCUCAGCCCCUGGGACCCCCUGAAGGACAUCGCCCAGUUUGAGCAAGAUGGGGUUCUGCACACCUUGCAGCGGGAGACCAUGACCCACCACACCUGCUCUGUGGGCAGCCCAGGGCCCAGGCACCAGGGACCUGGCCCAGACCUGCGGCUACGCAAGGCCAGCGACCAGCCCUCUGGCCACAGCCAAGUCACCGAGAGCAGCGGCUCCACGCCCGAGUCCUGCCCAGAACUUUCGGAGGAAGAUGAUGACAGUGACCUUGUUCCCGAAGUGAGCCACCCACAGUCACACGGCUGGACGUGCUGGGGAACCUUACACCUGUUGGGAGGCGGCUCAGACCCUGCGAUUCAGGGGGUGGCCUCCCGGAUGCCGAGGGCCCGUCCCCACCCACUGUGCAUCUCUGCAGGGAACUCGCUGUCAGCUCUGCUGGACGGCAAGGCCACGCUCACCUUCCUGAACCGGGCAGAGGAUUACACCCUCACGAUGCCCUACGCCCACUGCAAAGGAAUCCUGUAUGGCACCAUGACCACUGAGCUGGGUGGCAGAGUGACCAUCGAGUGCAGGCAGAACAACUUCUAAACUGAGCUGGAACUCAAGCUCAAGCCUUUCUUUGGGGGCAGCACGAGCCUCACCCAGAUCUCGGGGACGAUCACGUCAGGAGAGGACGUCCUGGCACAUCUCUCUGGACACUGGGACAGGGAGGUGUUUAUCAAGGAGGAGGGGCGAGGAAGCCCGGAGCGCUUCUAGAACCCGAGCCAGGAGGUCCAUGUGCAGAGGCUGAAGCAUCACAUGGUGCUGUCUGAGGAACAGACGGAGCUGGAGUCCGAGAGGCUCUGGCAGCAUGUCACCAGGGCCAUCAGGGAGGGUGACCAGCGCAAGGCCACACAGAAGUUUUCAUUGGAGGAGGCACAGCGGCAGCAGACCCACAGGUGCCAACCGAGCCUUGUGCCCUGGACGUCCCAGCUGUAUACCCAGGAAUGGUGCUACCCUUAUGAGAACUACAGCCCCUGGGACCCCCUGAAGGACAUCGCCCAGUUUGAGCAAGAUGGGGUUCUGCUCCUGCAGGGAGAGACAAGAACCCACCACACUCGCUCUGUGGGCAGCCCGGGACCCAGGCACCAGGCACCUGGCCAAGGCCUGCGGCUAUGCAAGGCCAGCGACCAGCCCUCUGGCCACAGCCAGGACACCGAGAGCAGCGGCUCCACCCCCAAAUCCUGCCCAGAGCUCUCGGAGGAGGAUGAUGACAGUGACCUUGUUCCCGGUGAGCCCUUCUGGGCCGACCCCUCUGCAGGCCCGCCCCUGGCCCGCUGCGCGCGGAGCUCGGGAGCCGCCCUGGGUCCCUCCGGCGGCUGUUGCGCUGCGUGGAUCCGGCGACCACGGUCCUGCGAGCGGCUCUUGCGCUGCCGCCGCCGCUUCGGGCUCAGGUGGGUGAGCGGCGGGUCGUGGGGGCUCCGGGCAGGGAGGACCCCGAGAGCCGGGGAGGCGGCCGAGUCCCGGGGAGCGCACCCCGGUCCCGGGGAGCGCACCCCGAGCGAGGCUGGCGCGGGUGGCGGGACCCUCGCGCACGACAGGACUCCCCCUGAGUUCUGCAGCCAGGAGGGAGCCGGCCCUGUUGAAACGGAAAGUUGUUAA